AUGGUGUCCCCGGUCACUGUGGUGAAGAGUGAGGGACCCAAGCUGGUGCCCUUCUUCAAGGCCACCUGCGUGUAUUUUGUGCUCUGGCUGCCCUUGUCCAGCCCAUCGUGGGUCAGCGCCCUCAUCAAGUGCCUGCCCAUCUUCUGCCUCUGGCUCUUCCUUCUGGCCCAUGGCCUAGGAUUCCUGCUGGCCCAUCCCAGUGCCACCCGCAUCUUGGCGGGGCUCGUCUUCUCCGCUCUAGGUGAUGCCUUCCUCAUCUGGCAGGACCAGGGUUACUUUGUGCACGGUCUGCUGAUGUUUGCUGUGACCCACAUGCUCUACGCCUCGGCCUUUGGCAUGCGGCCAUUGGCUCUGCGGACAGGUCUGGUGAUGGCAGUGCUCUCGGGCCUGUGUUAUGCUCUUCUCUACCCGUGCCUCUCAGGUGCCUUCACUUGUCUGGUGGGGGUCUACGUGGCCCUCAUCGGCUUCAUGGGCUGGCGGGCUAUGGCAGGACUACGGCUGGUCGAGGCAGCCUGGCGCUGGACUGAGCUGGCGGCAGGCAGCGGUGCGCUGCUCUUUAUCAUCUCAGACCUGACCAUCGCCCUCAACAAGUUCUGCUUCCCCGUGCCCUACUCACGGGCACUCAUCAUGUCCACCUACUAUGCUGCCCAGAUGCUUGUUGCCCUAUCAGCUGUUGAGAGCCGGGAGCCACUGGAAGACUACAGACCGAGCAAGGCCAACUGAGAGGCCAGGGGCUAGUUACCCCUCUCUCCUCCUGGGGCAGGGGUCCAGAACCUGCAAGAACUGGGUCAGGAUGGCUGUAGGCCUAACCUGGGGCAGCAGAUACCACCUGGGAAAUGUACAAGUUUGAGGGGGUGAGCAGGAAAGGGAUCUCUCUAGCAAAGCUAGCGGUCCAGAACAAUUCUGAGAGCUAAAAAGAGCCAGCCUCAUUCUCCUUGCUGGAGCUGAAAUUAGACAUCUCCCCACCUCUAACCCCAUUGGGACUGUCAAAACCCGUCUGGAGGGUGAUGGUGCUCAGAGUCUUGUCUCCCCCCCCCCACUUCUUCUAGAUAGAAAAGUCUGACUCACCCACUCCCACUCUUUCUGAUCUGCACAGAGUUGAGGGAAGAGAGGAGAAAUCUGAGCUGAGAUGACCCA